AUGGACGACACCGGAUCUCGACCGCCCCGACGGUCAGAAAUGACGCCCUCGAAUGCGCGUACGAUAACUAAGGACCUGCCAGUCAAGCUGACCUCACUCGACCAAGCGCUUCGGCCAUUUCGCCACUCUUAUACUCACACGGAUCGAAUUCUCGAUGUAUUUGCUAGGGUUCUCCAGCGCGUUUACGAAUGUCAAGAGAAGUAUCCGGAUGCGCUGCCAUCAACAGAGUACCAACAGUACAUCCAUGCCCCAUGGAUUCAAACUUUGCAGUGGCUUCGCGAUCCCGAAGCCUUUCGCUAUUCCGACCCGGAAUCACUGCAAGUGGCACAGCUGAUGGCCAAGCAAGACCCAGUCCGCAUCUGGUUCGAGCUAGACUCACAUGUUCGACAAGAUGUCUUCGGUGGCAAUCCAUACGACGUUGUGAUAGAUCUGGGGCGAGGGUACACCAAAGUCGAAAGGGGACCGAAGUGGCUGGUUGACUGCGCCACCCUCAGUCUGUCCGAGGAAUCGCUCUCGACGGAGGAGAAAGAUACUGCGGAGGCAAAUUUGACGGCUGUCGCAACCUGCGGGCCGGUCUACGGUCUAGCGGAGUCGACUCCUGCUCUCGAUCAUCCCCACAAACUUUUCGGCCCCGGAGGCGUACUGUGGUCGGUAAUGGAGGUCUUCACCCGCGAACCGGGUAACUCUAGCGGUAUUGUGGGUAUACUGGACAUGGUCAUUCAGCAAACUUUGAACGUUGCCGUCCUCUUCAAAAGAUCUUUGGAGUACGAUGGUCGUGCGUUUAACCAGCAACCGGCAUACAAGUGGUACGCGAUGGGCCUAGAGGAAGCGCGGACGAAGUAUAUCUACUCUGUGGAAUGCCAAGAUCCCCAAGCACUGAUGCCAUAUCAUGUUCGAAAUGGACUAAAGAACAUCGACUUCAUUAGGCUUUGGGACGCUAUAUGGAAGAAGGCAUACGAUCUGAGCCGCACUUGGAAGUCCGAUCCACCAGUUCUGGAAAUCUACAUGUUUCUCUGGGCUGUGCAAGAAAUGAGGCUUCCAUACUCCGAUCCUAGACCCUGGAUACCGGGUGCCAACGUGGCUGUCAUCGUCGAAAGGCGGUGUCAAGAGUAUGAGAUCAACACAGAAGGCGUUUUGAACAUCGCGCCAGAUGACAUCUAUAAUUUCUAUACAUAUCCAAGCGACUUCCAUGUAUCAAACUUCUCCGACAAAAUGGACGUGGAAGCUAUACUGCGCAGCCGGGGACCGCGGUUUUCGUCCACAGGGCGUGGCCAUCGCUUCUAUGAAGAGGAUGAAGAUUCUGACAUAGCCGAUACGGACGAUGAGGAAGACGAGAACCUGGAUCCCGCCUUCGAUGAUACCGCCGACGUCGAACCUUACGGCCCUCCUCUCGAUCUCAUUGAUCUUGCGGCUACCACAACGGCAGUUCCCGAGGACCAAUGCUGUACGGUCUGCAUGGAAAGUCAUUCCCACAGUACCAGUGAUGGGGGGACUAUGAAGCUCAAUUCGUGCGGACAUCUGUUCCACUACAACUGCAUCUUCGAAUGGCUCAACGGGACGUCUUCUAAUAGCAACCUUUGCCCGGAAUGCCGUAUUCAGUUCAGCGAGCAGCGUAGACCGGUACGACCAGUUCAACCGGCAUCAGUGUCGUCCUCAGAAUCUGAUGAUACGUGGGUUGUGUCCAGCGACGACUCUGAAGCUGAAGAAGAGCGAAAUCUUGAGCCGGAACUCCAGCAAAAUCGAGCUGAUGGCGAUGCCCUAAACGAGACAGAAGAGAACUCAGCUCACCGAGAUACAGCAACUCAGCCUGCCACGACGGGAGAGUCAGCUCUGGAGUAUAUGACCCGUCGGCGGGGAUUCAUAGUGUAUGAAGGCGAUGCGAACCUGGGGGAUAAUGAUGAGGAAGAGGACAACGACCACGAAGACCACAACGACUCUCACGACACCACCUCUUCUACUACCUCAUCCCCCGAUGCCGGACUCAGCGAUCCGCAAGAAAACGUAUCAGUUCCCGCAAAUACUAGGCGGCAGAAUCGUCUUCUUAGCAUUGAUUACAGUGCGACUUGGGACGGACGCGCAUUCUCAGACGAACCAGACGACAAGGAUGAAGAAGGGUUUGGCGAAUGGAUGGACGAUCAUGACAGGUUGAUCUAG